UAAAACCUAAGCAUAAAAUCUAGGAACGCGGAGCAAAAAAAGAAAGAACUCGUGAAAUGUGAUGUGUGAGCGCAAGUGCAUAUUGGUACCGAUCAUUAUAAAAAUAUUUGUCAUGAGAUAACAGUAACAACACAAAAAAUCCAGUACCGCUGUAUUAUGCCCUAGCUGCUUAGUGCUUUUGCAAAAUAUUCUAUGUUAGGAAUGCCAAACAUGAAUAAUGCUUCUGCCGCCAGUGAUGAAUAUGAAGUUAUCGGUGAAACUCAAUGGCAAAUUCUGGAGAACAAAGUCGACGACCAAGUCAUCAAGAUAUUUGGAUACAAGUAUUCCAAAAUUCGGGCAGCUGUUUUUCAUUUCUGUUGCAUAAUACUAUGUGGGAUACCAUACUUUGCUCUGAGCUACUAUCCAACUUUGAACCGCUUCAAGUACUUAAAAUGCAGUUUGAAAACGGCUAAGGAAAUAUGUGUAAUGGAUGGCGAAAAAUCAUUCAAGAUGGAAAAAGUUCAUGAAAUAGAUCUCAACCUGUCGAACCACAAGGACAAUAAACUACGCUACUUCAAUUUCCAACACACUCGCUACAUCUGGAUUAACGACCAAGGCGCUUUUAUAAAUGUACUAGCACUUAAUGAGAAGCUUACUAUUAAUUUGCUAAUGGAAAACAUGUCGGGACUUAACAAACGACAACAGAAUGAACUUAUGAAACUAUACGGACCCAACUCAGUGGAGGUGGAAGUGAAGAGCUACUACACGUUGUUUAUCGACGAAGUGUUCAACCCGUUCUACCUGUUCCAAGUGUUCUCGAUCAUUCUGUGGUCGCUGGACGAGUACUAUCAGUAUGCGACGUGCGUGUUCAUACUCUCGGCCGGCUCCUGUAUGUUGGCGCUGUACCAAACCAAACAGAUGAGCAUCAACCUCCACAAAAUGGCGGGCUCGACGUCUGCGUGCAUGGUGACGGUGCUGCGUGGCGGGCGUGAACGCUCGGAGUGCGUCGCGAGUGCGUGCAGGCUCGUACCCGGUGACGUGCUAGUGCUGCCUCCUGAUGGAUGUCUGAUGCCCUGUGAUGCAGUGCUCCUUACUGGUUCUUGUAUUGUCAAUGAAUCUAUGCUUACCGGUGAAAGUGUACCCGUAAUGAAAGGUCCGCCGUGUCCAUCUCAGGAGAUAUACUCGACUGAAACGCACAAGAGGCAUACUCUGUUCGCCGGCACACAUGUCAUUCAAACGAGAUUCUACGGCAACAAUCAGGUGUUAGCAAAAGUGGUGCGUACUGGAUUUUACACCGCUAAAGGAGAGCUGAUCAAGAGUAUACUGUUCCCUAAGGAGUUCGAUUUCCAAUUCUACAAGGACGCUGUGAAAUUCGUCAUCUUCAUGUUCUGUAUCGCGGCUAUCGGUAUGGCGUAUUGUAUCUGGCUGUAUGUUCAACGAGGGAGCGCGGUUGGCACGAUAAUCCUGCGCACGCUGGACAUAAUAACGAUCGUGGUGCCGCCCGCGCUGCCGGCCGCCAUGACAGCGGGCAUCGUGUACAGCCAGCGGCGACUGCGCGCGCGCCGCGUGUUCUGCGUCUCCCCGCCGCGCAUUAUCAUGUGCGGCAAGCUGCAGGCCAUGUGCUUCGACAAGACGGGCACUCUAACCGAAGACGGGCUGGAUUUCUACACGAUAAUUCCGACAAACGAGGGCGAGAAGUUCGGUCGGAAAGUGGACGACGUGAGCUCGCUGUCCGUGAAAAGUCCGCUCGUGCAGGCGCUGGCGUCCUGCCACUCGCUGACCAGUAUACAGGGCGAGUUGAAGGGAGAUCCGCUGGAUUUGAAGAUGUUUGAGUUCACGCAAUGGGUAUUAGAAGAGCCUGGGCCAGAGAAUACAAGAUAUGACAACCUUACGCCAGCGAUAGUGAAACCUGCUACCAGUCACAAUGAGGACUUACAAGAUCUAGACAACUAUGACCCCUUCACUAUGGAAAUACCGUAUGAGAUAGGAUUGUUGCGGCGGUUUCACUUCUCGUCGUCCCAGCAAUCUAUGGGAGUGAUAGCCAGGGUCCUGGGUCAGCCGUCGAUGGUGUACUAUGUCAAAGGUGCUCCUGAAAAGGUUGCAGGUAUGUGCACGCCGACGACUCUACCGGAAAACUUCAGUUCGGUGCUCACUGAAUAUACAUCCAACGGGUUCAGAGUCAUCGGCCUUGCCUACAAAAAACUGGAUAGAAAAAUGAAAUGGGUAGACGCGCAGCGCCUCAAGAGGGAAUCGAUCGAGUGUGACAUGACGUUUCUGGGCUUUCUAGUCAUGCAAAACAGCCUGAAACCUGAGACCACUCAGAUCAUAAAGGAGCUGCAUGAGGCGAAGAUGCGACAGGUUAUGGUUACCGGCGACAACAUAAUGACGGCGAUGUCGGUGGCCCGCUUGUGUCUGAUGGUGCAGCCGCAUCAGAAGUUGGUGCUGAUUACAUUAGGGCAGCCGCAGACUCUCGAUCAGAGACCGCCGCUGUGUAUGGAGGUAGUUGGCGAAGGUUGUCAGCCGAAGUUGCCUCUAGACGCGUACGUUUUGGCGCUGGAGGGCAAGACCUGGGCCGCACUACGGACGCACUAUCCCGAAAUGAUGGAAACCGUUGUCGAUAGAGGCGGCGUGUUCGGUCGUUUCGGCCCGGAUCAGAAGACGCAGCUGGUGGCUGCGCUGCAGGCGCGCGGACUCGUGGUGGGCAUGUGCGGCGACGGCGCCAACGACUGUGGCGCGCUCAAGGCUGCGCACGUCGGGAUAUCGCUGUCGGAGGCGGACGCGUCAGUGGCGGCACCCUUCACCUCCCAAGAGCAGAACAUCAGAUGCGUCAAGCUGCUUGCUCUCGAGGGCCGGUGCGCGCUCAGCACCUCGUUCGCGAUAUUCAAAUACAUGGCUCUCUACUCCCUCAUACAGUUCUUCUCCAUACUGAUACUUUAUAAUUACUACUCCAUCCUGGGCAACAACCAGUUCCUGUACAUCGACCUGGUGCUGACGACGCUGUUGGCGCUGUCUCUGGGGCGGGCGGGGCCGGGAGGGAAGCUGUGCGCGCGCUCCCCGCCCGUGUCGCUGGUGGCGCUGCCGUCGUUGCUGCCGCUGACGGCGCAGGUGCUGCUGGUGCUGCUGCUGCAGCUGGCGGCGCUCUAUCUGCUGCACGAUCAGCCCUGGUACACCCCAGUAGUGGGCGGGGCGGACGUGGAGAUAAUCCUGUGCUGGGAGAACACGAUCAUAUUCAUAGUCUCAGCAUUCCAGUACCUGGUUAUGGCGUGCGUGUACGCGAAGGACUACCCUUUCCGCCAGCCGUUCUGUGCCAAUUAUCAAAUGGUUGCCGCCCUCAUAACGCAGUCAGUGUUCGUGACGCUCCUGCUAAUGUGCCCGUGGUCGUGGCUGGCGGACUACAUGGAGGUGGAGGUGUUCCGGACAGAGCAGCCGCAGCAGAACAUGUUCAGAGUGUACAUACUGCUCAUACCGCUGCUGCAUCUCAUACUGGCUAUUGCUAUAGAGGCGAGCCUAUCCGAGGUGAAGCAACUUUCAUCGUUCACGGGUCUGUUCCGGCGGCGCUGCGACAAAGCGCACGACGUCGAGCAACCCCUGUACCCUACUCGCGACAUCGCGUCACGCGACAACGCGUGCUGACAUCCGCCCACGAGCGGACUAUACGUGGGUCAGAAGUUAGUACAAAUUGUCGAACCGAUCGUGUGCAAUUUGAUCACGUGACACAUUUUUAUGGAAACUUCCACUGGGAUUUUAAUGACAUUAUAGCGAAUGAGUUUUAUAAAUACUCUUUUAGUUAAAUAGUUCCGUGUUGAUUUCGAGAUCGAGGACUCUCCGUUUAGCUGCAAUUUCACCAAUAUUUUGUGCGAAUAUCAUGCUUUCUCUUUCAUCAAUACAAGUAAUGAGAGAGACAAAUGAUAUUAAAGUGUUGGUUUAUAAUGGUACUUAAGAAUAUCGCUCCUUUCUGAGUACUUAUUACAGCAUAGCAGAUAAUAAUUAUCGCUAUUUUUAUUAUUUAUUUAAUAGAAACUCCUAAUUAAUCAUGAAGUAAUAUUGGAAUAAAUUCCAAUUUCGUUGAAAGUUCCAAUGAAAUGUUGUUGGAAUAACACUUAUAGACAGAAAUUACUGUAAUUCGAAACCUAUAAAAAAAUUGGAAUUAUUUUAGGCUGUGAACUCUUUUAUAUUCAUGUUUUGUGGUAUAUAGUAUCGACCAAUGAUUAGGUUACUAUUUAUUAGAUACACAUUUGUCGACCAAAUGUGUAGAAUCAGCAAUAAUAUUUUAUGUAAACAUAUUUGCUAUCGCAUAUAUACGUUACAGAUGAAAUAUAGUAUGUUAAAUAAUACGUCACAUUGUAUAUUUUAUAACAAAGAUAAAAUGUGACGUAUUUAUAAUUUGUUUUUGUUUGAAUCCUGGGCUGAUUUUAACUUGACUCAGAUAAAAUACUUUUUAUCGCGGCAAUGUACGGUUCCCAUGACAUAUUUUGGGCGCAAUAAAACCUAGGAACGUCUAGAUUUAAGUUUAAGUGGUAUGAUGGUGUUGUAACUAUUACUUGUUAUUGAACCGCCUCUUUAAAAUGCUGUUACUCUAUUAUGGUUGUAUUUUGUGUUCGUUCACAUAAAAUAAUAGACCUCAAAACUAAGGUCAUCUCUAAUGUCUCAGUUCUAAUGUCAAAAUGGCCCGAAACAACGCUAAAGUUUUCCCAUUUUUUGGCCACGAUCUUUGUGUUUUCUUUAUCUCGAAACAUAAAAUGAAUUCUGAAAUGAAAAAAUAAUGAAUUCUGUUGUACUUACUUAUUAAGAUUGAAAUCAAAUCAAAGACACUUAAUUUUUGUAUAUUUAUAAUUUAUUUAUAUUAUCAUCAUCUAUCAUCAUCAAAAGAUAUAUUUAAGUUAAAUGCGAACGAUAGCAUCAUUUUUAAAAGCAAAAUUUGUAAUGUCUUUAAUGAUUAGAAACCGGUUGCUUGAAUGUGGCCAAUCAUAAAGACUGUCUUUAGUCUUUUUAUAAAUCGAAUAUUAGGUAAUUAAAACAUAGUUUUUAUACUGCCUAGGGUCUAGACCGCAGUGAAAGUAAACUUUUGUACGUUGUAGAGUAGAGUAUUCCCUCUUUAUGCUUAAAUUAAAUGUUAAAAAAUAUUAUAAAAAUAAGAGAUAGAAAAUUUUUAAAAUUAGACGCCGAAUAUUAUUUCGUGGGAGUGUGUAUUUUUUAAUUAUUUUCAUAAAUGAAGUUACAUCAAUAUGUACUUAGUAAAUGAAAUAACAAAGUUUAUAAAACUGCACUUAAAAAUACUUAAUUACAGUUAAGCAAAAAAUUAGUUAUUAUUACCGAUUUA